UUUUGCUUCCACACAUCAUUACAACUUAAACGUGAACGCCCUGGCCUCGCGUUGCGACAAGCCUCAUGGACGAAACGCCUCGCUCCCACCUGCGCCGGCGCCCCGCCGCCGUCAGCGGCGGCGGCGGCACACUGCUCGCCAGCGGCGGGCCGGGGGGAGCAGGGGCAGCAGGCGGCGGCAGCGGUGAUGGUGAUGGAAGCAAUGGAGGCAAUGACAGCGGCGGCGCCUUCUCGCCUGCGCUGCUGCAGAGCGCUGGCGGCCCGGGCGGCGGCGGCUUCGCGGCGGCUCGCCACAAGAUAAUGGCCGCGGCGGCCGGCGGGGGUGUCAAGGCGCCAUCCGGUCCGGCGGCGUAUGGCGCCGGCACCGGCAACGGCGCUACCGGGCAGCAGCAGCAGGGGCAUGACAGGAGGGCGGACUCGGAGGAGGAGGACAUGUUGCGGCUGGAGGAGCAGGAGGAGCGCAGCGGGGACACGGGGGAUGGCUGCAGCAGCAGCCCCUCGGCCUCGGCCCGGUCCCGGCAGCAGGGACAGCAGGGGCAGCAGGGGCAGCAGGGGCAGGGGCAGCAGGGGCAGGGGCAGCAGGGGCAGCAGGGGCAGGGGUGGCAGGGGCAGCAGGGGCAGGGGCAGGGGCAGGGGCGGCAGGGGCAGGGGCAGGGGCGGGCGGGGGGCGGUGGGGGCAGGCAGCUGCCGCCCGACUUCUUCCUAGAUGAGGAGGCGGAGGCUGCCCGCCACCCCUUCCCGCUGCCCCCGGCGGAGCUGAUCGCGCGCACGCGGCGGGUGCUGGCGGCGGGCGUGGCGGACUGGCCGCACCUGGCCCACGACUUCGAGUUCAGCGCCCCCUUCAUCGGGCCCCUGGGUCGCGACGCCUUCCGCCGCACCAUGGCCACCCUGGAGCUGGAGGGAGCCUUUCCGGACCUGGCGCCCAGGUACCACCACUUCCGAGUGGACCCCUUCAGGUGCGAGGCGCGAGGCGCGAGGCCCAACCGCGUGUGGUUCACACUGCAGCCGCGCUGCACGCACACGGGCACCUUCCGGGGCAAGCUGCCCUUUGGGAUAGCGCCCACCGGCCGCCAGAUCACGGAGCCGCCGCAGACCGCCAGCCUGGCCUUCAACACGGCUGGCCAGGUGUGCGGCUACACCAUGGGGUACGUCAUGGACCGGCGUGUCGGCAACACGGGCGGCCUGGGCGGCGCCUUCGGGCUGAUGUGGGCGCUGGGGUCGCCGCUGCCCGCGCCCGAGGGCCGGCCCUGGAGCCCCUCGCUGCAGCUGAGGCUGCUGAACAGCGGCGUGUGGCUGGUGCAGGCUGCCGUGUACCUGUACGACCGCGUCACGGCGGCGCUGCUGCCCGCGGCCUGGCUCACCCGCCACAGCCGCAACACCAUGUAGCGCCGUGCGGCGGUGGCUGUAGCAGUGUGGCUGUAGCAGCGUGGCUGCAGCAGUGUCGCGGUGGCUGUGGCUGCAGCAGCGUGGCGGUGGCUGUGGCUGCAGCAGCGUGGCGGUGGCUGUGCACUGGAGUGACUUGGUCCGAGUGCAUUCCCGCCUGCUUAUGUCGUCACGUGAGUUCCUACCCACGGUUCCUACCACGCUGCGGCGGAUGGGGGAGAUGGAUGGCCCGCCGACGGCCUUGGCGGCUCGGAUCUGUUGCAGCGGUCUGCGCGGCCUGCAGGAGCCGAGUGACAUACAUGUGAUGAUGGGCGUGGCCGCGUGCAUGGACAGACGGGGCGCCGGGGCGGGCAGUUGGCGCAGUCUACCUAGUAAUAUGAGUAUUCCGGAUCAAGGGUGGUAGUGAGAACUAUCGGUUCACGAUGUGCAUUUCAGUUGGUGAUUCGGUAUUCGUAUCAGUCACCGGCGGAGUGUUUGGAUAUGCAGAAUCCGCAGAGCGGUUGACAGACGGUGUAACCCGGCAGAGAGGACAGACACAAGCAAGCCUGGCAACUCAGGUUGCUGCAAUUAUCACCAGAGCCAUGUCCCCGACGGUUACCAGGUGCAACGUUACAGGGUCAGACAGGGACCCCGCCGGCACUAUCCAGUCGUGCCCCGAGCCCCAGACGGCUCGCGUUGUUGACCCAGACUUGGCAGUUGGCACAACACCUAGUCUGUUGAGACGGUUAGUCCUGACGGGCACGAGGUGGUCCAGACACGUAUGUACGUUGGUGGCGGUUGGACAUGGCGGAUGGAGGCCUGCUGGCUGGAGAAGCAAGUAGGCACUAGAUAUGCGCAGUAGUGGCUGCUGGGGGCGCCUUCGUCACAUGCCUAGCAAGUUACCUGCUGUAUGUGUCGCCAGAAUGGAGCCGCACCCAGUGGGGAACCCUCGGCCUCUCACAUGUUACACGCCUGUCAUCAUAUCGUAU